AUGACAUCUGUUGAGAGGAGGGGAUCAGCAGGUGUAGUGGAAUCCUUGAUGCUUUUGAAAUCACAUGACAACAUGCAUGCUCCAUUAAAUCAGGAUCCACCAAUUAUGACAGAAGACAUGCAUGAAGAAAGGCUCCUUGCAGUUGAAGUCUUGGGCGAUUCUUUUCUUCUUUGGGCAAUUAGAGAAGGACAUCUUAUCUUCAAAGCUGCAGCUGACACUCUUAACCAGACUAGCUUUGGUGGGUUAAAGAACAUGACAAUAAAAAUCGACCAAUUAUACUUCACCAUUGCUUCUGCAUUGAAGCCUUUGCAAGCGAACAAGCUACCGGGUGAUAUGGAAAUAAUCCAAGAUGUAAAACGGCUCUAUGUUGUAUUCGAACACGUGGAGAAGCUGCUAACACUUGGCAGUGGUAGUAGGAAUCAAUGGAGUCACCAACAGGGGGAGAUUGAGACUCAUAGGAUUCUUCUAAGUGACAAAUUUCAAUGUUAG